GUAAUUCUAGAAGCUAUGGACAUACUCUUUAGAGUAAGAGGAGGCUUGGAUCUCGCAUUUCAGCUAGCAACUACUGACGAGGCAUCAACGAAAAAGGCAUUAGGAUAUGUUUUCAGUGAUCUUGCAAACAAACUGUCCUCAGAUGUUCUUGUAUUAAGAAUUUGCCACAGUUCAGUCUAUCUGUGGCCUAACUGUGGUACAAACACUGUUCCAGAGCUGACUGACGAAUCUGCUUGUAAGGAGAUAAGACGAUUUAUACAAUUUGAUCAAGAUGAUGAGAUGAAAAGAAAGCUUGGCAAAAAAAAGGAUAAAAAGUUACAAGAUACGCAGCAGAUAGUCAAUAUAGACCUCAUGUUGGAAAUGACAUCUCCAUUAGCUGCUUUGGCUCCAGUCAUUGAAAGAGAAAAUAAGGAACACCACUACAUAAAUAUGACGUUACCUGUUGAUGUUGUUGUGUCUGUUUCUCCAGAAGAAACAUGGGGAAAGGUACAAAAUCUCCUGGUGAAAGCAAUUCACAGGCAGUUAACAGACAUGGAAAGGUGUAUCAUGAAAUAUAUGAAAGGAACAUCAAUUGUGGUUCCAGAACAAUUUCAUUUCAUGUUACCAGGAAAAGAUCACCUUGUAACAAUCUCAUAUCCUACAGGUAUUUCAGAUGAUCAGCUGGAGAGUUACAGAAAGGAAUUGCAUGGGUUAUUCAAUCUGCCUUGUGACAGACCGUAUUUCAAGAGAGCAAAUGCUUAUCAUUUUCCAGAUGAACCAUAUAAAGAUGGGUAUCUCAGAAAUCCACAUUUACAUCUCAGUUCGCCUGGUAUGGAGUCUGGUAUGGUUUAUCUAGUGCAUGGUGUGUAUAGUUAUCACCACUAUAUGCAGGAUCGGAUUGAUGACAGUGGCUGGGGCUGUGCCUAUCGCUCCUUACAGACAAUCUGUUCUUGGUUCAAGCACCAAGGUUACAUGGAUUCACCUGUACCAACACACAAGGAAAUUCAACAGGCACUGGUUGAUGCUGGAGACAAGCCAGCAGCGUUUGUUGGAUCGCGGCAAUGGAUUGGCUCAAUUGAGGUGCAGCUUGUUUUGAAUCAGCUUUUUGGAAUAACAUCAAAAAUACUAUUUGUCAGUCAGGGCUCUGAACUAGCAUUGCAGGGAAGAGAGCUUGCUAAUCACUUCAAGACAGAAGGGACUCCAGUCAUGAUUGGUGGAGGUGUUUUGGCUCACACAAUAUUAGGAGUGGCUUGGAAUGAGAUUACAGGGCACAUAAAGUAUUUGAUUCUAGACCCACAUUACACUGGAGGAGAAGAUCUGCACGUUAUUUUGGAAAAGGGCUGGUGUGGAUGGAAGGGCCCAGAGUUUUGGAAAAAGGACGCCUAUUACAACCUGUGCCUACCUCAACGACCAAAAGCUAUUUAA